CGCCAGCAGCGGCGGCGGCGGCGGCGGCCGGGCGGGGGGGGGGAUGUGAGCGGCGCCGCUCCGCUCCGCUCCGCUCCCCGCUCCGACCCGCACCGCGGAGCUGUCGGGGGGCGCCGGGGCCGCGCCGGGGGGGGCGGCGGCGGCGGCGGCGGCGGCGGCGAUGUCGCAGGUGCUGCCCUACGGCGAGGAGCCGCUGGGCGCCUUCGGCGAGGCCGCCGCCGCGGCGCCGCUGCCCUUCGCCUGCCGCCGCCGCGACCCCGCCGAGCUCUUCGCCGGCGCCCAGGGCAAGCGGCCGCCCAAGCUGGGCCAGAUCGGCCGCAGCAAGCGAGUGGUCAUCGAAGACGACAGGAUCGACGACGUGCUGAAAAACCUGGCGGAAAAGGCCCCCCCCGGCGUCUAGGGCCCCCCCGGGGACCCCGGCGGGCGGAGGGGGGGCGAUGGCAGCGGCGAGAUCCAACCCAUCCGUCAAUAAACCCACGAACCCAUUAAAAAACUAGGAAAAUAGGAAAACCGGCGCUCGGAGCGAGAAGGUUUCGGCGAGGGGCAGCAUCCGGGGGGGGGGGAGAGGAAAAGAAAAGAAGGAAAUAAAAAAAGGGGGGGGAAAAAAAGGAAAAGAAAAGGAAAAACCCGCCAGCGAAGCAUCUUUGGAUGUUGGAGAAAUGACAUGAAAAAAAAAAAAGAUAUCUGUAUAUAUAUAUAUUUAUAUAUUUCGGUUUAGUCCCGUUUUAUCGAUGGAGCGCGCGCGGAGCAAAACUUUUCUAAAGGGAUGAACUAUAGGACGGACUAUUUUAUUUUUUAAGGCUUCUCGUUCUUUGCUUGCUGCGAGCCAACGGCUCGGCGUCGUGCGAACGGACCGAUUUUAUAUGUACGGGGGGGCGGGGGGGGCGCUCGGCUUUUUUCUAACCGUGCAGUCCGUAGUGUGGGCAAUUUGGGUUUUUUUUUCUGUAUAUCGUGGCGGUUUAUUCUCUUUAAUAGACUGUAUUAAAAAGGGAAAAAAUAGAGUAACGGCAAGAAAAAAAAUCUAAUGUAAUCACAGAGUGCCAAAUCCCUCGCGAUGCCAAGCGGCAGCCUCUUUCCUCCCUCCUUUCCGUGCUUUUGGAGGCCACGUAAAGUGGCGUUUUGGGCUUUCUGGUUAUUUCUGGGGGUCUCCCGGUAUCUCGGCGUCUCCAUCGAGCUCGCCGGGGGAUUUUUUUUUUUUGCUUUGACUUCUCUUUUCUAUAUAUCUAUUUUUUAAUAUUUUUGCAUGACGUGCGAGGGAAAAGGGAACCCCCCCCCCCCCCCAAAACGCAGCCGCUCUGCGCGAGGGCAUCGCCGGCCGUUUCCGACGCCGAGCCGGACCUCGAGGCUGGGUUUUCCCUUUUUCCCUGUCUCCUAUUCUGAAAUAUUGUCUCUGUUGCACUUGGAUCCACUACACAGGGCUAUUUCUGCAAUGUUCGAAUAAAAACGAAGGAAAAAAAAGAAGGAAAA